AUGGAUGAAUUUCACUGCAAGUUCUGCAUGGACAAAUUUUCACAGUUGAAGCAAUAUUUGUGUCAUCUGAAGCAUCAUAGGCACGUUUCUGAAACAUUUCCAUGUGCACUAAUGACAUGCUCAGAAGUAUUACCAUCUGAAGGAUCUUUAAGAAAUCACUUGUUGCGUAGGCACAACAUUCGAGUUACUUUGUUACGAGAGCGAGCAGCCUACAAUGCACUGGAUGCACAAGGCAAGAUUGCAUGUAAUGUUCCUUCAUGUGUCCAAGAAUUUGAUUCCUUUUCUAAAUUAAUGAGUCAUCUAAGAGACCACAUUAUAGGUGGGUAUGCUGUAAAGUGUCCUUCUUGCAACAAGAGGUAUUCAGUCUUUGGUUCUCUAAAAGGUCAUGUCUUCCGGAGUCAUCAGUGGAAACUGCCGAGUGCAAUAAGUGAAUGUGAUCCCUAUGGCACUGAUGAUACUGACAGUACUUUUGUUAAUUUUGAUGAAGAGACUCAGGAUGUGUGUGCCUCUGAGGCAAAUUUAAGUCGUCCUAAUCAUGAAAUGUGGCUGCGAGCCAUGGCAGAAUUUUAUAUGACAUUGGAAUUUAAAUAUCUUGUACCCGCAAGAACUGUUCAGGCAAUUUCCUGUGAAAUGCACAGUGUUCACCGUAAUGGUAUGUCCACUGUGUUGGCUAUCAUGGACAACGAAUCUUUGUCCAAUGAGGAGAAAUACGCAAAGAUGAGAGAGGUUAUUGCUAAAUUUGAAAGCGGCUUUUCAGAUCUGCGCAGCUCUCACACUAGAAAUUUGUAUUUCAAACGGAAUUUCAUGUAUGUGGCCCCUACAAAAGUUGGCAAAAUCUUCCAUUAUGUACCCAUUCUAAAAACUUUGCAAAUGAUGGUGGCUACUCCAUGCUUGCAAAUUGACCUUUGUUCACCUACAAGUUCUGGAAGAGACAUUUAUACUGAUUUUUAUGAUGGUUUGCUUUACAAAACAAAUCUGUUCUUUAGAGAGAAUAGAAAAGCUUUCUCUGUCAUACUGUACCAGGAUGGUUUUGAGAUUUCUUGUCCAAUUGGCCCUGCCAAGAAAAAGUACAAGAUGAUAGGAAUAUAUUUAUCACUGGGUAAUAUCCCUAGUCAUAUUCGUACCCACACUGAUGCAAUCCAACUGGUAGGUUUAUGUCUAGAAUCCAACUUCGAUCAUGAAAAAGUGUAUGGUCCCAUAGUUGCAGAUCUUAAAAAGCUUGAGGAGGUUGGUGUUGAAAUUCCUGGUCACGGGAUGGUUAAGGGAAGCUUGAUUUAUGUUAGUGGUGAUAACCUUGGGAGCCAUGGUCUUGGAGGGUUCAAUGAGUCCUUCAGCAAGAGUAGAUAUUUCUGCCGCUACUGUUUGGUUCCUCGAGCAUCUUUCCAUGCUGAGGAAGGUCAUCUUGCCUCGUUCCCUGAGCGGACCAGAGAAAACUACAAUGCAUGCAUAGGAAAGAGAGGGAUUGAGGGUAGGAAAGGAAUAAAAUUUGAAAGCAAGUUUAAUGAACUUCAAAAUUUUCAUGUCUGCGAUCCAGGCCUUCCUCCAUGCUUGGGCCAUGAUUUAAUGGAGGGUGUGGCUGCCCAUGAUGUAUGUCUGUUCUUCAAAUAUUUUGUGGACAUCAAGAAGUGGUUUUCAUAUGAUGACGUAGCCGCCAUAAUGUCAGCAUUCCCUUACAGUGCAGCAGAUAGACGAGACAAACCCUUGCCCCUAAAAGAAAAACACACUAAAGUUCAUGGUGGCAUGUGGCAGGUUUACAAUUUUGUGAGGCUUGUUCCACUGAUGAUUCACCACCUCAUUCAGGAUAAAGCUGAUCCAGUAUGGAAACUAUUCCUACUGAUUGGAGAAAUUCUUGAUAUUGUGUGUGCACCAACUAUUCACAAAUCUUACGUUGGUCAUCUUCAGGUUCUGAUUGUAGAGUACCUAGAUAUGAGGCGGCAUGCAUUCCCUCUGGUUCCUCUGCGCCCAAAGCACCAUUAUUUCACGCACUACUGCCUUAUGAUACUCCUGUUUGGUAGUUUGGGAAAAGUAUGGACACUGCGAUAUGAAAGUAAACAUCAAUUUUUUAACAGGGCCAUCAGAGCUAGCAAAAAUUUUAUCAACGUGACCUUCUCUUGUGCUGAAAGACACGAGUUGUUUCAGGCUUAUGUAAGAGCUGGAGGUGGAUUGCGCUGCGCUUUGAAGGCAGUUAAAACUUCCCCCUUUGUAGGGGAUAUGUAUUGCAAUGAAAUUAGGGGUGCUGUGCAAAAAGUUUGUAAUGGAGAACUGACACAGUGUCUUAAAUAUGAGAUAAAGGGAACUGUGUACUCUAAAGGCAUGAUUCUGGCUCUGUCUCAAUUGGCAUACCAGGUUGAUGUGUCAAUGGGAAGAAUUGUAUUCAUUUUAGAAGACAACGAAGGUAAAAUAUACUUCCUUGUUGAAGUGCUUCAAUCUGAGUACAAUCAGAAUGUAAGGAUGCAUGAAAUUGGCAACUUAAUUGAGUACAAUUGCAUUGCUUACGAUAAUCUUGCAAGUCCCUUCCCUAUGCAUGCUUAUAACUACAAGAUGAAGUUGUUUGUGAAGUUGAAAUAUGCAUUGGUUUCUGAACCAAUGUCAUUUGAAAACGAUGUUGCUUAA